AUGUACAAAAUAGUCGGUAUUCGGCGAGUAUAUGGUCGAUCGUUCAGAAAUUGCGAGAACCUUGAUAGCUCCUAUAUUCAGGAUCUUCUCCACAUGGCCUCUAUGUCCAAUUGUAAACCUCUCCUCACGCCACUUCCGUCAAAGUAUCCUACCGAUCCUGAACUUCAGCUUCCGUUUGCUCAACCAGAGCUUUUUCGGACUCUCGCGGGCUCGUUACAGUAUCUCACCUCCACACACCCUGAUAUCGCAUUUGUUCUUCUCAAACGCAUUUUGCAUUAUCUACAAGGCACUUCGUAUCAUGCUCUUGUUCUUCCUAAGACUGACUUAGCACUUUCUGCUUACUCGGACUCCGACUGGGCCGGUGAUCAAUUAGAUCACAAAUCAACAACUGGCUACUGUCUGUUUCUCUGCGCCGCUCUGCUCUCCUAG